AACCCUACGCUCAAAAGCAAUGGCACGGUUCUCUCUUUUGGCCCAGAAGCACCACUUUGUGAAUCCAUGGCUUCUGUCUUAAAUCUUGUUGAGAAACAAAAGGCUCCUAAUGGAAUCCCCAAUGGGUUUUAUAAAGUUGAACAAAAUGGCGAUGAUUAUUCUAGCGGAUCAUCUGUCACAACUUCAAAUUCGACAGAGGAAGGAGUGAGAAACGGGAUUCAAGAGCCAAUGAUGGGGAAUUUAAAUGGCUUCACUUCCCAAAUCCCUUGCCUCCUUGGCAUUCCAUGGCCUUAUUGGAAUUCAGCUGCUCCUAUACCAGCUGUUUGCUUGUUUGGAUUUCCAAUGCCAUUCUAUGCCACCCCCUAUUGGACAGUUCCAUGGUUGCCUUCACCAUCUCCUACAACAAACCAAAACAUGCCAAGCUCUGCUCCAAACCAAAAUUCACCGACUCUAGGGAAACAUUCGAGAGAUGGAGACUUGAUUAAGAAAAAUUCAGAGACAUCCAUUUUGAUUCCAAAAACUACAAGGAUUGAUGACCCUGAUGAAGCUGGAAGGAGUUCUAUAUGGGCAACACUUGGGAUUAAGAGUGAUUCUUCAAUGAUGAGCAGAGGAGGCCUUUUCAAGGCCUUCCAACCAAAGGGUGGCGAAAAGAAUCACACACCAGAAACCAAUUUAGUGCUGUGGGCUAACCCUGCAGCCUUGUCUAGGUCGCUCAGGUUCCAAGAACGGUCCUAAAGUAGAUAGUGUUACCAUUACAUCUAAUAUUUGUUCUCCAAAGUGGCAUUUGGGAGAGAAAUAUUGGGUGUUUGAGAUCAUAUUGAUUCACAGCCUUGUUGAAGCAUAUGCAACACUUUGAACUGAUCAGAGUGGAAAGAUGAAGAAAAGGUUCCUCAAUGAUGGUUUUUUACUUGUAAAAUUUAGAACAGGUGCCUUCGUUUUUAGGGGCAAUUGCAAAAAAGUGGAAACUAACUCAA